AUGCCUCAAACUUUAGAAGACGAAUACAAAGGCUUCCUAGACAAACGUAUAGUGGAGGAUUUCACCAACUACGCGGAGCUUCUAUUCCAAAGAUUUGGAGACAGAGUCAAAUUUUGGAUCACUCUGAACCAGCCUUACUCUCUCGCAACCAAAGGUUAUGGUGAUGGAUCGUAUCCACCGGGACGGUGCACCGGCUGUGAAUUUGGAGGAAACUCUGCGACCGAACCUUAUAUAGUUGCACAUAACCAACUUCUAGCUCAUGCAACUACUGUAGCUUUGUACCGUGAAAGAUAUAAGAAAUCUCAAGGUGGUAAAAUAGGAACGACCUUGAUUGGAAGAUGGUUCGUACCAUUAAACGAAACUAGUGAGGCGGACAAGGCUGCUUCAAAACGGGCAUUUGAUUUCAUCGUCGGAUGGUUCUUGGAUCCAUUGGUGUAUGGAGACUAUCCAGAGAUAAUGAAAAAGAUGCUUGGAGAUAGAUUGCCAACAUUCGAACCUAAAGAAUCAGCUUUAGUCAAAGGAUCACUUGAUUUUCUAGGGUUGAACUAUUAUGUUACACAUUAUACGGCCGACGCAUCUAUUUCUAUUCCUCCAAUACCUAGUGUCGCAACCGAUCCACGAAUUACACUUACAUAUUAUCGGGGUACAGAUCCUAUUGGCGUUGUGGCUCCUAGCUUCGUGUACUAUCCUCCAGGAUUCCGUAUGAUUCUAAAUCACAUCAGAGUCAACUACGGAAACCCACUUACCUACAUUACUGAAAACGGAGUUGCUGAUCCAGGAAACGGAAACUUACCGAUUGGAGAAGCUCUUGCUGACACAAAAAGAAUUCAGAAUCAUUGCAGCCAUCUUUCGUGUCUCAAAUGUGCCAUUGCGGACGGAUCCAAAGUAGCAGGAUAUUUCGCGUGGUCCUUAAUGGACAAUUACGAAUUUGGAAAUGGUUACACUCUCCGGUUUGGUAUGAAUUGGGUCAACUUUACUAAUCCUAGUGACCGUAGACAAAAGGAUUCUGGCAAAUGGUACUCUACAUUCAUCACAAAAUAA